CAUGCGAUCAUUCGUCUCCUUGGUGGAUCUAACGAUGCUGAAGGCAGAGUAGAGGUCUUGUAUGGAGGAUCAUGGGGAACCGUUUGUGAUCACGGCUGGGAUCUGAGAGACGCGAGGGUGGUUUGUAGAAUGUUGGGAUUUGACGGAGCCUUGGACGCGCCGGUCUCUGUUAGGUUUGGUCAGGGAUCUGGUCCUAUUUUGGAUCAGGUCGGUUGUGACGGGACAGAGGACAGUCUACUAGAUUGUGUUCAUGCAGGGACAGGACUCCACUCUUGCACACAAAGGACAGUUGCGGGAGCAGUUUGCUAUUCAGGAGCUUUUCCUGAGCCAUUUCCAAUUCGCCUUGUCGACGGAUCUAGCGGUAAUGAAGGCAGGGUGGAGGUCAUGUACGGUGGAUCUUGGGGAACCGUAUGCGACGAUGAGUGGGAUUUAAAUGAUGCCAGGGUGAUCUGCAGAAUGUUGGGAUUUGAAGGAGCCUUGGAUGCACCGGGAUCGGCUACGUUUGGUCAAGGUUCUGGGGAUAUUCUUUUGGAUAGCAUUGGUUGCACAGGUACUGAAGACAACCUGGCAGAAUGUAUCCAUAAAGGAAUAGGAGAUCACGACUGUGCUCACACCGAAGAUGCAGGUGUUGUUUGCUACUCAGGAAGUAAGUAA